AAUCCCAUACUUAACCUAUAGCUGGCUAAGCGGCGAGCUUGUGGCUUUUAGACGGAGUAGUGGUGUUGAAAACUUAGGGGGGCAAUCAUGGUAUUUGAAAAGAAGAUGAUCACGUACGGAGAACCUGACGAUGAUGAAGAGGAGGCCCCAGCAGAGGAGGAAGAGGAGGCAGCAGAGGAAGAAGAGGCAGGAGGUGAUGGAGAUGAGGAGGAAGAAGAAGAAGAGGAAGAGGAGGACAUGGUGGACCCCUUAGAAACAGUGCGACAGAAGUGUGAGCAGUCAGAACAUUGCGUACAUGCGCGGCAAAGACUGGAAGCGUGUGAAGCCAGGGUGGGCUCACGGUCAAACACUGAGGAAGACUGCACAGAAGAGCUCUUCGACUUUCUACAUGCACGGGACCACUGUGUUGCACACAAGGUCUUCAAUUCAGUGAAAUGAAUCCCUACCUCAUUUUUUUCCCUCGAUUCCAGUGGUGUAUCACAAUGAUGAGAUGUGUAUUUAAACGCUAAUCCUAUGGGCCAGGCAACAUUUAGAGACUUGAAAGCAUAGUUUAUCAUGUAUGUGUCAAUGUGAAUAAAUUCAUAUAAGUAUGCUUUAAUAAGCCUUUGUUUGAUUUUUUUUUUUUUUACUACUUAUUUCGAUGCAAAUCACUGUGAACGUUUCUCCUAUGGAUUUUCAUGGUAGGUUAUUCAAGGAAUGGUUUUAAAUGUUGAAAAGAUUUUGGUACUUUAUCAGGUCAAAUGAUAAUGGUCUUCCAUAAACGUACAGUUGCGCAGAUAGCCACAGUAUAACCCAGGAGACAAGCUUUUGCUCCGAAUAUCUGCACCAGAGAGUGACUGUGCCAGAAGAUCUAAAGGACAAUAGUGCUCAUGGAGAUCAGUUUAUUCGUAGCCAGGACUGGUGAUCAAAGUCUGCUGAUGGAGUUUUUGUGUUUUAACCUCAUUCUUCCGUUUCUGUAGGAUACUUUACUCUGUGAAUGUGUUGUUUUAUUUUGUCAAAUCUGUUCAUGGCUCUAAAUGACUGUGUUUUUAUGUCUCAAAAUGUAAAGCAUAUUGAACCUUUAUCCUCAGAGUAAUUACCAGAAAAUGCAUGCUCUUGUAUUGAAAGUGGCCAGAAAAACUGUGUUUUGCAGUUGAAUAAACGGACAUGUCUUCAGGCCGACUUAAGGUCAAAGUG